UCCCUUUGGGGGGGUUCUGGGACCCCCAAAAGGGCACGGGGUGGGCACAUAAGGGCAGUAUCCAGUCAUCCAUCUGGAGGGGGGGGGGCAUCGCCCACGGGCCCCGGGGCCCCACCAGCUACUUCUACAUGCUGCCCAUGAAGGUUCGGGUGCUGGGGCUCAAGGUGGCCCUCACUGUCAAGCUCAUGCAGGACAAGCUGCACGUGGUGGAGGAUCUGGAGGUGCCCACGAGUGACCCCCGGUACCUCCAGGAGCUGGCGCAGCACCGGCGCUGGGGACACUCCGUGCUCAUCGUCGAUGUGUGAGGGGACAGGGGACAC